AUGUUGCUCGCGCUGCAACUCGCUGGCCUGCUGGCCUUUGGAUCCCCUGUGUGGGCUCGUCCCCGUGCGAGAGCUGUCACAAGCCCGCAGUCUUAUGUCACCUCCUCCGAUGGCGUCUACAACCUGAGCUCUUAUACGGCCCCCGUUCAGGGUCCAGGGAAUCCGAACGGUGCGUCGACAUGGAAGCUCGCUGUCGACGACACCGACAGCGGGCACAAGCAACAAAUUACCGGUUUUGGCGCGGCCGUCACCGAUGCCACUGUAUCGGUGUUCUCGUCCCUGUCGUCCGGUCAGAAAUCGGCCCUCAUCGCUGAACUGUUCACCACCACUCCUGACGAUGGGGUCGGUUUCAGCUUGAUGCGCCACACCAUCGGCGCCUCGGACCUGUCUGCAUACGCCUACUCCUAUGACAACGGCUCCAGUCCCGAUCCUUCUCUGGCAGAUUUCAGUCUGUACAGCCCUGGCCAGGACAUGGUGAGUCUGAUAGCCGACUUCGCGUCCGCAAACUCGGCCCUCAAGCUUCUCGGUUCGGUCUGGAGCCCGCCUGGGUGGAUGAAACUGAACGGGGUGAUGUACGGCACGACGGAUAACAACAAUCUCAACAUGGACUACGCAUCCUCGUACGCAAAUUACUUUGUCAAGUACAUCCAAGCCUUCGCCGCCGGAGGCGUCACCGUCGAUGCGAUCACAAUCCAGAACGAGCCACUCAACAGCCAAGCUGGGUAUCCUACCAUGUACGUCUCAGCGGACCAGGAGACGCAGCUCAUUCAGGACUACGUGGGACCAGCCUUGAAGAACGCCAAUCUCGCGACGGAGAUUUGGGCAUAUGACCAUAACACAGAUGUGCCGUCGUUCCCUCAGACGGUUCUCGAUGGUGCUGGUGACUACGUCAACACAGUCGCCUGGCAUUGCUAUGCGACAAACAACAACUGGGAUGUUCUGACGCAGUUCCACCAGUCCAAUCCUGACGUGACCCAGUACAUGACUGAAUGCUGGACUUCGCCAACGAAUUCGUGGGAUAGCACGAUCGACUUUGUUAUGGGACCAAUGCAGAACUGGGCCUCUGGAUCCAUGGCCUGGACUCUCGCAACCGACUUCAACUACGGCCCUCAUCUCCCCGGAGGGUGCACGACCUGCCGGGGACUGGUGGAAAUCGACACCAGCGCGGGGACCUAUUCCAAGACGCUCGACUACUACCUCAUGGGGCAGUUUUCGCGGUUCGUGCCGCGGGGCGCCAUUGCGCUUAACACGACGGGCAGCUGGGACUACGGGAACGACCAGAAACUCGAGGCGAUCGCGUUCUUGAACCCGGACAGCUCGCGGACGGUGGUGAUCGAGAACACAUUCGGCAAUGAGGUCUAUGUGACGGUCACAUUCAACAGUGGGGAAACGUGGAGCGGACCGUUGUAUCAGCAGUCGCUGACAACGUGGGUGUUGCCCCCUACGAGUGGAUGA